ACAAAUGAAAUUGGCAUGAUUUCUGCUUUACAACAUCCCAAUCUUGUCAAAUUGUAUGGAUGUUGUAUUGAAGGAAAGCAACUAUUGUUGGUUUAUGAAUACAUGGAGAAUAAUAGCCUUGCCCAUUGUUUAUUUGGUCCCGGAAAAGGUCUUGUGAAAAUAGAUUGGACUACAAGGCAAAUAAUAUGCAUAGGCAUUGCAAGAGGCUUGGCUUUCCUACAUGAAGAAUCAACCCUAAAAAUUGUACAUAGAGACAUCAAACCCACAAAUGUACUACUAGAUAAGGACCUUACCCCGAAAAUAUCAGAUUUUGGUCUGGCGAGACUAAAGGAAGAGGAAAACACCCACAUUAACACCAAAGUUGCUGGAACUAUAGGAUAUAUGGCCCCGGAGUAUGCACAAUGGGGUUACUUAACUGAUAAAGUAGACGUGUACAGUUUUGGAGUUAUGGCAAUAGAAAUUGUGGCUGGAAAAAAUAACAUGAGAUAUAGCCCGAAUGAAAACUUUGUGUGCCUUCUAGACUGGGCCUUUUUCUUACAACAAAAGGGAGAUAUAAUGGAGUUGGUGGAUACAAAUUUGGGAUCUGAAUUCAAAAAAGAAGAGGCAAAAAGAGUGAUUAAUGUAGCUCUAUUGUGCACAAAUCCAUCACCUUCACUUCGCCCCACCAUGUCUACAGUAGUGAGCAUGCUUGAAGGCCAGACUGCUAUUCCUGAACUAGUCAUGCAUUCAAGUAUUCAUGGUGAUCCAUUGAGGUCCACCGAGUUACGAGACAAGCUUGAUCAAAUUUCACAACAAAACUCUAGUGCAUCUCAUAGUCCUCUUGCUCAGUCAUCCUACACAACAUCAUGGAUUGAUUUUUCCUCUACAUGAUCUCUUUGUCUUUAGUGAGAGUUAACAUUAGAUCUUUUUUUUUUCCCUUUUGUUUUCCAUAUAACUAUGUCUGUAUUAUUAGGUAAAAGUGUAAACUAGAAUUAUUAGCGAACAAUAAAAGAAACUUAUAUGAUUUUAUUAUUCAUAUUGAUGUAUUGUUACUAAAACUAAUACCCGUAAACAAAUUAUGUACAACAUUACCAGGAAAUGAUAUCAACAGUGGAUUUGAUUGAGA